AUGGGACCUCCUCCAUUGAAUGACGCGGCCGAUGACUCAAAGCAUACGAAACAUCAAUUGUCGUGCCUUAUGCGAUGGUGGCCUCGAUGGACAGCGAGGACGUGGCUUAAAAUCAUCGUAUCUGUCAUCGGUGGCGCGGGGCUUUGCGCAUUCUUCUACUGGUUCUCGGCCACGGGCUACCUCGCCGUCUUCCUCGAGUGGGUGAAGAAGAUUGGCUACUGGGGCAAUGUGCUCUUCGUCGUCGCCUUCACCCUCACCGGUCUCCCCUUCAUGCUCAUCGGUUACACGCCUCUCGGCCUCGCGGCGGGCUUCAUCUACGGUCAAGACGGAAUUGUCCUUGGAAUCUUGAAUGCCUCGGUGACCGUGCUGAUUGGGACCAUCACGGGGUCCAUCCUCGGGUUCUGGUCGUGCCGCGUGCUGUGCAAGGGCUGGUUCCAGCGAAAGAUCAACGAGAGCCCCACCCUCCAGGCCUUCAUGCACACCAUGGAGUCGAAGGGUUUCUACCUCAUCCUCAUCAUGCGCAUGGCCCCCAUCCCGUUCGGCGUGCAGAACGGCCUCUUCUCGGUAUCGAAUGUGUCCGUGCUGUCGUUUUCCGUCGCCACCAUUGUCGGCCUGGUCCCAGAGAUUUUGAUGUUGAUCAUGCUGGGCAUUGAGAUCGGCAUGACCGUCAUUCUCUUCGUUUUGCUGUUCUUCCUUUCGCGAGAGGCCAUGCGCAAGGUCAAGGAACGACAACGGCAAACGGAAAUGGCCGAGAGUCUGGCGGACCUGGAGAUGGAGGAUUCGGAGAUGGAGGAGGCCGGCGCGCUUCCACCACUCGACGAGGACGACCGAAAUCGACUCCUGCGCGCCAUCAAUGGAGAGAGCAUGCAGGGGAUGUGA